AUCUAUGGUUUGUGGAACCGUAUAAUCCUGACCGUGUCAUGAGACAGUUCGGUCUAUAUCAAGAUAUUCCACCACCGGUUCCAAGAUGUAUCGACGAAGAAACUCAUAAGAUGAGCAAUAUGGGCAGAUCUGGUGUGGACUGGAAUGCAGAAAACAUUGAAUGGAUAAAUCAGUGGAAUAAUGAAGCUCUACAAAAUAUAGUGCCUCAGCAACGAACGUACGAUGCAACUACGACAGAAGCGUACUAUAAUUGGUAUCGCAUGAGCACGCGUAUUAGACUGACGAGCGAACCACCUACGAUGCCAACACAUCCAACGCAUAUGGAACAGUUGCAGACACGGAUGGACACAUCAUCAGCUUACUAUCGUGACUCCGCGAUUGAUAUUUGCACCCAAGUACAAGCGAUGGCGAGUGAAGGAAUGCGAGCCGAGGGAAGUGAUCCUAAACGCAGGUCGUGGUUUAAAAAAAUUAGCGAAUUCGUGAGCACAAGGAUUACAAGAUGCGAUACAGAGAACGACGUUGUCACUGCAGCGUACAACAUUCCGGAACCGAGGUCAGCUAGACCGAGUGGGGCGCCGUCGUCGUCCAUGCGGUGGGCAGAGGGUCGUAAUACUAUGCCGACACUUCCACGACAUGACUCUUCUCUACCAAUACAUGGGCAGACAUCAGAGGUAAAUGCUCCAGAUGUAGGAUCGACACCCGAACAGACUCAUUUCGUGGAGCAGGAUGCAUAUACAGCAUAUGACGCACACAUUCAAGGAUCUCAGCCAUAUCUGCCCACACGAGGGAUUAGGAUGCCCGAGGAGAAUCGUUGGGCUGAGACAAGCGAGGGAGCACAAAGCUACAACAGCGGACAGGAAAUUAAUGAUCCAUCAUGGGGAGAUGAACAUACCCAGCGUGGCGUACAGAAAGAAAUACUCACAGAAACCCAUGAUACUCAAUGCACGCUCCCAGGAAUGAUAAAUGAUUUUUUCGGGCAGGACGUUAUUGGUCCAUCUUACAUCAAUUCUGAGUCACAACCAUUCACCUACAAUUUAGAAUCAUCGUCUCAAUAUGGAUUUCAGACUCCACCACCUAUGCAUCAGUCGCAGACACAGGAACACGAGGGACAGUACGGUCGUGGUCUUCGUGAACACAGACCCCCUGAUCGAUUGUCACCCUCCGGUCGUCGGGCAAGGCCAGCUGGUCGUCGUCGCAUAGGGUGAUUCGUCUAUGUAUGUGUGCGAACAAUUGCAUCUCUCUAUGUCAGUUUCAAACUUUCAGAUGUACGUACAAGACAUCUAUGUAGUUUCAUGAAAUAAAAGUUCGCGAUAUAUUUGAAGUUGCUUCCAUAAAA